AUGAAACAGUUAAAACUUACAGGUUUUGUUAUUUUCUUGUUCUUUUUGACUGAAUCCCUAACCCUGUCCACAAAGCCUCAAGAUGUAGAUGAUGUCAGUAUUACUCAGAAAUUUAUAGAGGAGAAUGUUGGAUAUAUCACCAUCAUCAUAUUUGCUCAAUAUAUUCAGGAGGCCUCCUUCGAAGAAGUGGAGAUGUUGGUAAAAACCAUGACAGAAUAUAGAGAUAAAUGCUUGGCUGACAUGACACUCCCAGAGUGUUCCGAAUUAGCUAAUGAUGUUUUACUGGAAAAUAUAUGUGCUUUGGAGGGACUUCCACAAAAGCAUAAUUUUUCACACUGCUGCAGUAAGGUCGACUUGGAAAAAAAACUUUGUUUCUUUCAUCAUAAGAAAGCUGAUGUAGGAUUUCUGCCCCCUCUUCCUACCUUGGAUCCUGAAGAGAAAUGCCAGACUUAUAAAAAUAACAGAGAAUCUUUUCUGAACAAUUAUAUAUAUGAAGUUUCCAGAAGGAACCCCUUUGUUUUUGCCCCUACCCUUCUAACUGUGGCUGCUCGUUUUGAGGAGAUGACUAAAACAUGUUGUGAAGAACAAGACAAAGCUAACUGCUUUCGAACAAAAGCAGAACCUGUCAUACAAUAUUUAAAAGCAUCAUCUUCUUUUCAAAAAAAUGUCUGUGGGGCACUUAUAAAAUUUGGAUUGCAAGUCUUAGAAUCUAUAAAUGUUGCUAUACUUAGUCAAAAAUUUCCCAAGAUUGAAUUUAAGGAACUUACCUCCCUUCUAGAAGAUGUUUCUUCCAAGUACCAUGGAUGCUGUGAAGGGGAUGCUGUGCAGUGCAUCCGUGGCAGGAGCAAAGUUAUGAGCCAUAUUUGCUUAAAACAAGAUUCCAUCUCCAGCAAAAUCAAAGAGUGCUGUGAAAAGAAAAUACCAGAGCGUGGCGAGUGCAUAAUUUCCUCAAAUAAAGAUGACAGACCAAAGGACUUAUCUCUAAGAGAAGCAAAAUUUACUGAAAGCGAAAAUGUGUGUGAAGAACGAGAUGCUAAUCAAACGAGCUUCAUGGCUGAGUUUCUCUAUGAAUACUCAAGGAGACAUCCGGAACUGUCUACACCAGAGCUUUUAAGAAUCACUGGCGUGUACGAGGAUCUUCUGAAAGAGUGUUGUCACACAGAAAACCCUCCAGACUGUUACCGCCACGCGGAGCACAGAUUCAACGAGACAACUGAGAAAAGCCUCAAGAUAGUACAACGAGAGUGUGAACGUUCCCAGAAUUUGGGGAAAGAGGACUUGAAAUACUACUACCUUAUCAAACUCACAAAGCUAGCCCCCCAGCUCUCCACUGAAGAACUGACCUUUCUUGGCAAGGAAAUGGUGACAGCUUUGACCACCUGCUGCACACUGAGUGAAGAGUUUGCCUGCGUUGAUAAUUUGAUGGAUUUAGUUCUUGGAGAGUUAUGUGGAAUAAAUGAAAAUCGGAACAUCAACCCCGAUGUGGACCACUGUUGCAAAACCAACUUUGCCUUCAGAAGGUCCUGCUUUGAAGGCUUGGAAGCUGAUAAAGCAUAUGUGCCUCCAUCUACCUUUCAAGGUUUAUUUACCUUUCACACAGACUUAUGUCAGGCUCAUAAGGAGGAGCUCCAGAGAAAGAAAGACAGGUUUCUUGUCAAUGUAGUGAAGCUAAAGCCUGAGCUUCCAGAUGCAGAGCUGCGGUCAUUGCUUACAGAUUUCACUAAUGUGGUGGUCAAGUGUUGCCAAGCAGAGGGGCCUGAAGCCUGCUUUAAUGAAGAGGGCCCCAAAGUGGCAGCCAAAUGCUAG